AGUAUCGAUUUGGAUGGUGUUUCUGUUGUGGUCUGGGUUCAGAGUCUGGACAGCAUGAGGGCCUUUCUGCUGUAAACACUCAUUCAUGCGCUCGGACGAUUUCCUGGAUAGUUAAGUGGUUCGCCCUGAUGAGUACCAUAUGUAAUUCAAUACGAAUAUUUUGUUUUACGGCAUAAUAAAUCAAAUAACGAGGGGAAAAUUUAAUUAUCGCAUUCUAUGAUGGUGUCAUACAUACAGUAUGGAGAAAGUCCGAAAGAUUCUAGUUCAUCUGUCGAGGGAAAACGCCGCUCCGCAGUGCGCACGGUUCGUGCAGAGCAUAACUGGACACUUUGUCGGGAGCGUUGAGGAUCAGGCAACUGUGAGCUGUUCUUUGGAGAGUAAUAGAUUUAUUCUAUAUGACAGGCUGUGUGAUGGAGGAGUUCCUCUAAAGAGGGCGUCAUUUUGCCCCAUCAAGUACCUGUCUCACUCAGAGGCUGACUCCCUGCCCCCAGAUACCCUGAAUCGUGGGGUAGACGUGGGCGUGGCUGUGCUGCUGCAGUCAGCCAAUCAGAGACUGUUGCUAACGCGCCGUGCCUCCAGCCUCCGGAUCUUCCCCAAUGUUUGGGUUCCGCCCGGUGGCCAUGUGGAGCUGGAUGAAAAGCUGCUGGAUGCAGGACUCAGGGAGCUGAAAGAAGAGACCGGUCUGAAACUGAGCCCCGAUGAAAUCUCCUCUCAGCUGCUCGGCCUGUGGGAGUCAGUGUAUCCACCCAUGUUAUCCAGAGGACUGCCUAAGAGACAUCAUAUUGUGACCUACAUACUUCUGAAGAGCUCUCAAUCACACCUGCAGCUACAGGCUUGUUUGCGCCCCGAUCCUGCUGAAGUCAGUGCAUGUGUGUGGGUCGAUGCAGGUCUGGUGAAAGUUGUGGUGUCUGCAGUAGAUGGUGAGAAGGAUUCUGUUCAAAUACCAACUGACCUGCCACAGAGCAUCAGCGUGACAGAAGUGUCUCCACGCGGUGAGCUAAUCGAGACCUCGCUGCCUGUUUCUGUGCUUUGCAACCGGGCCCCGGAUCACGGCGAGGACAUCGAACGAGUCAGCACUGGAACCAAAUUUGCUUUAGAACUGUGGUUGAAAACACUGGAGCCUCAUGCUGAGAUGGGCUGAGGACUCCUCUCUGCCUGCUUCUCUUUACGUACGUUGCUUUUUAACCAGUGCCUUGAGGAAGACAGCACCUCCUGCUGGACCGGACAUAUUUUAACAUUUAAAUCAUAAUGUUGUCACCACAGACUUGGAAAAAGAGUUUCGAUUGGAUUGAUACGACUUCAUAAUUAUCCGAAUGUUUAUCCGACAUUUUAUUAAAUACAACAUCUUGGUGCACUAUGAUAGGGUUAUACAAAAUGAAUCAUGACAAAUACACCUGUUAAUUGGAAAUUUAAGAGUUUGUGUGUGUGAAUGUUCAUGAAAUAUGAGAAAAAUGAAAUUUCAUCACAGUUUACAUUUGACCGCUGAGAUAAUCUGCAGAAUUUCACUUGUCUCACCCUUCCUCUGAUACGUUUAUGCUCUUUUUGUUCAAAUACUCCAUAUCUCGAUUUUUUUAUCAAGUCAGUGCCAGGCACAUUUUUAUACACUUUACUUUUAAAUAGAAUUUGGGCCGAAGUGACACAGGGUUGUCUAGUUAUGUUCGGUUUAUUCCAUACUAGGUUUGUCACCCAAUCCACAAACUAGUUAAAACUCUUGCUUUAGAUCUGUGGUAGACAGGAAGUGUCGCCAAAUAUUUUGUUCCCCAUGAAACAGCAUUUUCCAUUAAAAUUAAGAUGAAAAGAUUUAA